AUGCGGAUCCGGAGGUGCCCGGAGUAUCGACCUGCCAUGUACGAGCACGAGCUUUGGAAGGCUGUAGGGACUGGAGACGAACAGACCGUGAGGAUUGCUCUUCAGGCCGGGAGGGACGUCAAUCAGAGGUUUACAUUGGGUGGCUGGACAGCACUCCAUGUGGCCAGCAAGAACGGGCAGACUGGGGUAGUGAAGCUGCUGAUUCAACAUGGCGCUGAUCUGACGGUGAGAAGCAAGGGUGACAGGACAGCACUCCAUGUGGCCAGCGGGAACGGGCAGGCUGAGGUAGUGAAGCUGCUGAUUCAACAUGGCGCUGAUGUGGAGGCUAGGGACGAGGGUGACAGGACAGCACUCCAUGUGGCCAGCAGGAACGGGCAGGCUGGGGUAGUGAAGCUGCUGAUUCAACAUGGCGCUGAUGUGGAGGCUAGGGACGAG